AUGGAUGAAAUACCCACACAACUAAUAUUCAAUUGGGACCAGACUGGUAUUAGAAUAGCUCCUUGGACAAUGGAUGAGAAGGGAAAAAAGAUGUUUGAGAUCGCUGGUAUCAGCAACAGGAGACAAAUAAGUGUGGUGAAAUGGACUGACUCAGUUCAUGAUGCUAGAAUGUUUAGUCAGUCCAGAUUGAAUGAACUCUUAAAGAAUGAAGUUAUACCUCCAUGCCAGCGAAGAAUUUGUGAUGAAGAUAUACCUAUAUUUAUUAUAGGUGAUCCAGCUUACCCAUUAAUGCCUUACAUUAUGAAGGAAUAUGCGGGUGGUGGAAUGAAACGUCAAGAGCAGUAUUUUGAUUUCAGAUUGUGUAGCACAAGAAAUGUUACUGAAUGUGCUUUUGGUCGAUUAAAAGCUAGAUUUGCAUGUUUAAAGCAUACAAUGGAUAAAAACAUGGAUGACUUACCUUUUAUUACAUAUGCCUGUUUUGUUGUGCAUAACUACUGCGAAUAA